CAACCUCGUCUCCAGAACAGAUCGUCCAUCCAACACGCCUCUUGUCCAAAUCCAUCACCAGCCCACGUACGUCCCUCGCAAAUCACCCCACACCCAUCUCUCUAAAAUCGAUUCUCUCUCCCAAUCUUCACAGGUCCGUUUCUCAGCUGCACAGAUAGAUACAUAUGUGGGUACGGGGGAUACGGACGUGGAUUUCACGUGCGUUGCUGGGUGGUUCUAACAUGCAGCUUUGGUACGUGGGUUGAGCUCCGGACGAGGGCUGAGAGGUUGGAGAGAGAGAGGGAGUUAGUGAGUUAGAGAGAGAGAGAGAGAGAGAGUAAAGGGGGGUGGGGAGAUGUCGAAUCAGGUGGUGAAAAUAAGGAGAGAGACGAUUGCGGCAUGCAUGACAUGCCCGCUGUGCAACAAGCUCUUCAGAGACGCCACCACCAUAUCUGAAUGUCUUCAUACGUUUUGCAGGAAAUGCAUACAUAAGAAGAUCUCGGAUGAAGAAUUGGAAUGCUGUCCAGUAUGCGAUGUCGAUUUAGGCUCUGUGCCAUUGGAUAAGCUGAGGCCAGACCACAACUUGCAAGAUGUAAGAGCCAGGAUCUUCCCCUUCAAAAAAAGAAAGGUGGAAGCACCUGAAGUUACACCUUCUGUUACAUUACCAGUGAGAAGAAAGGAGAGAUCACUCUCAUCAUUGGUGGUCAGUACUCCAAGAGUUUCGUCACAGAAUGCUAUGACGGGAAGGAGGUCAAAAGCUGUUGCAAGGAAGACAUCUGCUUUACGAGGUUCCCGUUUUCCCAUUGAGAAACCAGUUAAGAAAGAGGAAGAUUCUGAGGAAGAUCGUGCAGAAAGCUCUAGCUCACGGGAGACUCAAAACAGAUUAACUCAGAAUAUAAGGCAGAAUUCUUGUAAUGCUGAAACGUCCAGCCGCCAGGAGCCUGAAAAAGGAGCAGAAAAUGGUGCUGAAAUAAGGGAAGGGAAAGUUGAUCUUUGGAGACCUUUAAAUUUUUUGGUGGAAGUUGCAAAUAGGUCCAAGUCUUUGAAGUAUAAUACUUCACAAGGGUCUGCUUCUAAAUCAGAACCUCAGCAUACCUCUAACAACAGUGACGGGCAUAUCCGCAAAACAAAAGUUAAGGAACAUGGAACCAAAUCCAAAGUCCAUGAAGAAAAGGAUAGCACAGAUCCUGUCUCUCCCGAUUCAGUCAAACCUAAAAAGUUGCGGAGAAUUCGUCCUAAGAAAGCAACUACUUCUGGGGAAUUAGGCAUUUCACCCCAAGCCGUGCUAGAUGCUGCUUGUGCUAAAGGGGAAAGAAGAAUUGGUCCAAUUUGGUUCUCUCUAGUGGCUUCUGAAGACCAGGAAGGCCACUCACCCCUGCCUCAAAUAUCUGCAAGUUACUUGAGAAUAAAGGAUGGGAAUGUACCUGUUUCUUUUAUCCAAAAGUACCUGAAGAGGAAACUAGAUCUUACAUGUGAAGAUGAGGUUGAGAUUAAAUGUUUUGGCCAAUCAGUGGUCCCCACAUUGCACCUGAAUAAUUUAGUCGAUCUUUGGCUACAAUCGGCUUCAACAUCCGAAAGGGUGCCAGCAUCAAUUGGCUCAUCGGCAAAGGAUUUCGUGAUGGUGUUGGCUUAUGCUCGCAAGGUUAUACCUUCAUAAACAGUAUUUUCUUCCAUUCUUUGUUAUGCUCCAAAAUCCUCUAUGACCUUGGGAAUUCCAUCAGAGGGAUAGUUACACUUCCCUCGUUCUUGUAUCCAUAGUCCUGUUCAAUAUUUCGUUGUAAGUGAAUUUCAAAGAGGUCCACUUCUUUUAUAUUUCACCGACAACUUGUUUGUAACAUUGAGGUUUUCAUUUCGACGAAUUUGAAUUUUCUCUCUUGUUA